ACAUUCUUAUUUCUAUCUCUAAGCAAGGAUUCACUAUGAAAAGGAUGUUAAAUGUAAAAUUUAAAUGUAUACUGUGCCAUAUAGCUCAGAUUUGCAUGUGGGAAAUUUACUACGAAAUGACAUGAUAGCAAUUCCAAUAUUUAAGAGGUUGCCACAAAGAAGAGGGAGUCAACCUAUUCUCCAAAGCACCUGAAGAAAGGACAAGAAGCAAUGGAUGGAGAGAAGCAACCUAGAACUAAGGAGAAAUUUCCUGACAGGACAGUUAAUCACUGGGACAACUUGCCUCCAGACAUUGUGGGUGUUCCAACGCUGGAGGUUUUAAAGAAGAUAUUUGGAUAACCAUUUGUCUGAAAUGGUAUAGGGUUUCCUGCCUGAGCAGAGGGUUGGACUAGAAGGUCCCUUCCAACUCUGUUAUUUUGGUUAGCAAUGCAAUAUCUCAUGAGAUAGCGAAUUUUAAUUUCCUGGAUUUAGAACAUAGGUGUUCUGCCCCAGCUACGGACCCCAAAGAACGCAGCACACAUAAAGUCCGUUCAAACCUUAGUUUACUGAAUAAACCAGUCUUUUACAAUUGCAUUAACAGCGCCAAGAAUUCAAAGAAUAAUAACUGAAAGCUUAUUAUGGUUGGCAGAAUGCCCAGAAGCAAUUUGCAGGAAGCUGAUAAGAUAAGCAAGACAAGACACUAAGUGAACUAAGCAUUGAAAACUGGAUUAUGCCUGCUGUUUAUGCUGGUCAUUUUUCACAAGUAAUAUGGUUACAUCCAGUUUGGGCUCAGCAAAUAGAGGAAGGAACUCAUCAUUUUUUGGUGGGCAAAGAUGCCUCUACUACUACAAUAAGGGUUACAAGCACAGAUCCUUACUUCCUUUCUGAUGGUCUCUAUGUCCCCGCUGAUCAGCUGGAGAACAAAAAAUCUUUACAUCUGGAUGUGUGCCUUGUGAAUCCCUCCAAAGCUUCUGGUGACUGGGAAGGCAAGCAAGCUCCACGUUCUGCUAAGAAGUGCAAAUUAAGUGUGGAUGACACAGGUGAUGCCUCUUCCUCAAAAGACUCCACUGACCCGAGCCACAGUUGCACAGUUGGACUGUCUGAUGGCUUUGGAAAGAGUAUCUCUGGGCAUGAGAAGCUGAGCAAUUCCCAGGUUCCUUCUGCAUCUGGUUCCACAGGAAAACACGGGUAUCAAAUGUCAGAACUUGUCCGUGACAUUCUGCAAGUGCUGAAGAAGGGCACGGCUUUUGUUUUAGAUAUUGACUUGGACUUCUUUUCAGUUAAGAAUCCUUUCAAAGAAAUAUACACACAGGAAGAAUACAAACUCUUACAAGAACUGUACAGUUUUAAGAAGCCCAAAAGCAAUUUAUCAGAGGACGAGUUGGUCGACUGUGUAGAGAACCGCACACACCAGCUGGAAGAUCUAGAAGCAGCUUUUGCUGAUUUAUGUGAUGAUGACACUGAAGAAAACCUGAAAAGAUGGGCUGCAAAUCCUGGAAUGAAACCUCUAGUUCAACUGGUGCGUAAUUUGAAAGAUCGAAUGGGAACUCCAGAUUAUGAGAUGGUUCAUCAGGCUGGCCUUACAUGUGAUUACUCAGAAAUACCUCAUCAUGUUAGCACUGAAGAGGAGAUAGAGAGUUUCGUACAGACGAUACAACAUCUCUUGGGAAGCUUACCGAAACCAACCCUUGUGACCAUAGCCCGAUCGAGCUUGGAUGACUACUGUCCUGCAGAGCAAGUUGAGUUCAUACAAGAGAAAGUCUUGAACAUACUGCAUUUGAUAUACGGCACCCUGGAUAUUCAUUUGGAAUACUUGGAAAACGCAGGUCCUACUGGAACAGAACAUUCAUCUACAGCAUAAUCAACCUGGCUGUAAUCUAUGGAUGUAAAAAAAAAAGAGACUUUGAUACUGCAAAAGUAUUGUGUUUUGCUUUCUAUGGAGUGGUAUUCUUAAAGAAGUAUUUUAGGAAGCUGAAUUGGCUAUGUAGCACUUAUUGAUAUUUGUGAUCCCAAAUAUUUCUCUUUUUUUAAAAAAAAUGAAUUGUUUUUCUGCUAUUGUUGUGUAGAUUAUUUUUGUUUUCCAUAUUACUUUGCUUAAGAAGGUGACACAGAAAUUUGAAUAUGGAAAAGCUACCCUGUUUCCCCCAAAAUAGGACAUCCCCUGAUAAUAAGCCCAAUCGGGCUUUUGAGCGCAUGGCAAUAAGGCCAAGCAGUUAUUUCAGGGUUCAAAAAAAAAAUAUAUAAGACAGGGCCUUAUUUUCAGGGAAACACGGUAGCAGAGAAAAUUAAUUUUCCUUCUGUUUGUAUCUGGUUGCCAUAAAAACCUUAAAAAAAACCAAAACUGCCAGAUACUAAACCUGUAUGUUUUAGGAAUGUAAAAAAACAACAUUCAAAUUCCAUCCAUUUCAAGUUAAAAGUAUCCAUCCUGAGGGUGAAGCACGCUUGUCCCAAAUGUGAAGCAAGAUUGCCUCAAGCGCUUUGAAGGCGUUUUGUCUCAAAACAGGAUAUUUUGCACUCAAAAUACAAUGGUUCCAAGCUUUCGGAAUGCCUGACACUGGGAAUGGUUGCUUUGCACCUGAAAUUGGCAUUGCAAACUUGAAAUGGAGGUUUUCAGGUUCAAACCCCUCUAAUGCCUUUUCAAGUACUGUAUGUGCUUUUUUAAAUUUAUGGAAUAUGCUACAUUGGAUGGCAGUGAGAGUCCCUAGUAUCACCCACUAUCUUACAAAUCUGAGGUUAAUGAUUUCCCAAAAUUGUUGUAUUAAAAAGAGAGAACUUAAUUAUCAAGAUUAAUAAUAAUAAUUUAUUACAUUUAUAUGCUGCCCAACUCCCGUUACAGUCGUGUGUGACUUCUGAAUGAAAUGGUACAGAAUUUAAAGCCUGCCAUGAUUUAGUUGUGCAUGCGGUAAGCCAGGAGCCUUAUCUACCUCUUUAGAAACAGGUACGAGGAGGUCAGGGAAUAGUGGGUGGGUAAGGCUAGAAGACUAAAUUCCAUAUUCAACCGGAACUUUCAAAGUGCAAGUGAAACAAAGGCAGAAGAUACAACCUUCAACCCAACAAUUAUGAUUUAAUUUCUGACUUUUUCUUCUUUUGCGCUUUCAAAAUCUGUAUCUCAAUCUUCUGGAGCAAGUGUGAGGCGAUCAGGGGUUAGGAGGUAACUCUUUUUGAGAAUUAAAGAGCAGUGGAUCCAAGUACGGUUGUAGUUAAAAGCAUUCUUAUCCUUGGCUGAGACCAUGAAGACUUCUUGUUUAGUCCCACAGAAGUGCUCUGCCAAUGUCUAUAAUAAUUCGUGUUGAAUCAGUAUCAAUGUACCUUAUAAUUUACCAUUUAAGUGAAAUAUUGUUAUUAGAGAAAAAUCUAGCCAGACUGUCACCUUCUGUUAAAAUUACUAUUCCAUACACUUUAAUUAUUUUUUUUAUGAAAUCUGAUGGAUAUUACUUAGCUCAGUUGUGCUAAAAAGCUCUAACAGCUGUUUAAAGUUUUGGAGAGCGAGAAUUUUCUCAGCAAGAUUCUGGUGUAUUUGAACUGCUCUGCAAAUAAAGCAUGUUCUCUUUCAUGGACCUCAUUUACAGACACUGGAGGUAAACGGCCUCUCAUUUGCAAACAAGAAACCAAAUGGAAUUAUAAACCUUAUUUGAGAAGUUUAGUUCCUUGUUAUGGAGUACUCUCCUGAAGUAUGUCUCCUUUUCCCUUCAGGAUUGGUUCAUAUAUUAAUGUUCAAAUUAAAUCAAUCUCUAGUUCUCUCUUAUACUAACAGUGGGAAACUGAUGUUCCUUUGUCUGAUUCAGAACAACCGCUGAGAGUUUAGCAUAGGCUGUCGACAGAAAUGAUAUCUCUUAUCCUAGAUUUGUUUGCUGGUAGGGAACAAAUUGCGGCCUUUGUCUACUACAACUUUGAUCCUAUUAGAUAGGCAACUGUCAGUCCUCCCAGGUAAACCAGACAGGAAAUGGGAUUAGAUGAACUAAUUCUACUUUAUUGUGACACUACAUUAACAGAAUCUUGCAAGUCUGAAGGCACAAGCUUCCCUCAGGCCAUUGGUUCAUUAGUGAAGGUCCUAAGUUUAUUUCUUUUGACUGUUAGGCCACUGGGAGCUUCUGCCUAUUGUCUGAUUGUUUCUUAGGCACCAUCUCCACUCUUUGUGCCCCAAAGUCAUUCACACAUUCCCUAAUACCAAACACCAGUAGAUUGUGGCCCUUCCCUGAUAAAAGGUCUCCUAGAUUGGCUCUAGCUGGAGGCUGCUUCAUCUAUGAGUUUAAAUGUAGGAUUGAGAUUUAUAGAAGAAUUAAAACAAAUCCAAUUCAGUUUUGUUGAAUGGUUAACAGCAAUUCUUUUAUCCUUUCAGUAGGUGGUGUAGUUUACACAGAGUUCAUUGAUUUCCUCAUUUCUUAGGAAAUAAGUUUCUUUGUGCAUGAGCGAUUCUUUUACAAAUGCUUUACUAUUUAAAAUUAAUAUAUUAGAGUUUAUAAUAAAAAUGAGAAAGGUUUAUACUUACAGCAUUUUCACAUACUGUGCAAACACCAUUUAUUUUCUAUCAAUAUCGAUCAAGUGUAUACCGUUUUGGUCCCAUCAUGGCAAGUGCAAUUCAUCACUCUUAUAUUGCAGCCUUCUCAGUAAACGUAUUAGCCUUCUUGCCUUCUGGGAAGGUGUAAAAUAGGAUUUGUUUGGCACCUGACUAUAUGUUGAUUAACUCAGGAGUCUGAGACUGAAAUUAGAUGACAAAAACCUGUAACGGGAAGCAGGCAAAAAAAGUGAGUGUGGAUAGUGAGAGAAGAUAAUUUGAAAAUGGCCACCAUCCCGAGCCAAUUUUCUUAACUUUCAACUGUGAAUCUAAUAUAACAAUAUAAAUCUCCUUUGAUUUUUUUUGUAACACUUUGAAAACAACCCCUAUUGAGAAAUAACAAAGUGAAACAGCUACCCAGCAUUUUAUACAUUUAUUUUUUAAAAUCAGAUUUACCGAGCUGCCUAACUCAAUGAACUCUGGGUGGCUUAUGAUAAAAAUGAUCAGUCAAGACUCCAGAAUAAGGUGGCCUGAUAAAAAACAGAAAAGGACAAGGCCCAAUAGUAUAUGUUUAUCUAAGGAAAACUACUGAUCCCAGAUCUUGGAGAAAUCUUCAAGAUUCUUUUAAUGAUCCGCAUAGUCAGAGCAAUGCAAAACUUGCAGGAGAGACUGUUCCAGAGGUCAGAUGUCACAACAGAGAAGGCAAGUCCUUUCUCUACCCUUUAGAGGACAUUGUUUCAAGAGUGGGAUCUGGAGCUUGGAUAGCCGCCUGGGCCCAGAACAAAGUCAUCCUAGCGCUUUUCUCUUUCUAUGUAGACAUAACUUCAUUAAGGAUCCCAUGGUAGAUAUUGCAGGUCAGCCAAUUGUACAUUUCUUUGGAAUUGGAACCGUCCAGUAUUCAUUGUUCCGUUUUUAUCAAAAGGGAGGCUAUGGUCAACUUAAUCAAAUGCCUUAUUGAAGGCUAAGUACACUCAUACACAGCAUUCUUUUGGCUUAAUAAUCUUUUUUUUGUAUCUAUGUGUGCCUUCAAGUCAGUAUUGACUUCUGAUGACUGCCUGGACAAGUCCCUGCAGUUUUCAUGGCAAGGUUUUUCAGAAAUGGUUUGCCAUUGUCUCCUUUAUAGGGCUGGGAGAGAAUGGCAGGCCCAAGAUCACCCACGUUAGGCACUUUUAUGCCUAAAGUAGGACUAGAACUCAGAGUCUUCCAGGCUCUAGCUUGAUGCCUUAAUCUCUACCUAUCUGGUCAUUACAUUUAUUUACAAAUUUAUUUAUUUACAAAUCUAGCCACUUUAUUUAAUUAAUUAAAUUUUGAGGCCACCUAACUCCUUAACGUUUCCAGGCAGCUUACAAUUAAGAGGAAAAAAAUUCAAAAUUCAUAGAUUAAACAAAUUUAAACACAACUGAUUGGAAAAUAACAUGCUACCAAUAAUAAAAAAAAAAUCGGAACUCUGCAACCAUUCUAACCAAAGGCCUAGGAGAACAACCAAGUUUUUAAUGAUUUUCUGAAUGUUACUAGGGUGGGAGGUGUGCACAUUUCUGGGAGAAAGUCAUUUCAGAAAGCAGAUGCCACAAUAGAGAAUGCACACUUUCUGGUCCUGCAAGGGGGCAUGGUUUAAUCGACAGGACCUAAACCAGACCCACCCCACCUGACCUCAGCAGACAAGAAGAAGUAACUGGAGCCAGGUGGUCCAUUAGAUAAUCAAGUCCUUGGUUGUGAAGAGUUUAUAGAUGAUAACCAGCAUCAUGAAUUGCAUUCAGAAGCCAACUAGUAAUCAGUGCAGCGAGGACAUGUGGGCCCAUCAUUUUGCCAAAAGAAAAUAGCAAGAUUUUUCCAGCACAAUCUGAUUUGAAUAAAUCCAUGUGGCUUCUAGUAAUCAUCAUCUCCAUAGUGGGGCAAUGGUCAGAAUGCUGUAUUGCAGGCUAACUCUGCCAGCUCAGCAGUUCGAUCCUGACCAUCAGACUUCCAUUCUUCCGAAGACAGCAAAAUGAGUACCCAGAUUGUCGGGGGCAAUAUAUUGACUCUGUAAACCACUUAGAGAGGGCUGUAAAGCACUGUGAAGUGGAACAUAAGUCCUAAGUGCUAUUGCUAUCUCAUUCUUUUCUAAAUGCUUGCAAACCCACUGCCUGAGUACAUUUCUAGGUACAGAUUGGUCUGUAAUUUAUUUAUUUUAGAAAGGGAAAUCUUCUAACUUGUGUGCCAAUACAUUUAAAUAAAUGUUAAUAAUAAGAAGUUCUCUUCCAGUCUUCUGGCACUUUCCUUAUGAUGAAAUUAAACUGGUCCCAAAGACUUGAAUUCAAUUGAUGCAAUCUGUCCAAUAGGCAUUUUGUCACUAUUCCUUUACUAGAUAAAUUCAUUUGACAAGAAAUCUGCAUUCAACAUAGAUAGCAGCUGUUCAUUGUCACAACAAAUGGAAAAACACAGUGAAAAACACAGAAACGCACCUGCAACAUCCUAAAAGCUUUUUGUAUGUAAUUAAAUGGAUUGCACUGAUUUUUAUUUUUGACAAGAGAAUUUAAGAAGAUUAUUACAGGUUAUAAUCUUAAGAGAAAUGAGAUGAGGGAUUUGCUUUUGCCUGGGAAACCAAACCAACCUCAAGGUUGAUGCUAGUCUGCAGUAUUCAGUGGGGGUGAAAUUAAACGUUACAAUUUAAUCAGAUCGUAUCUGUGCCUUGGAAUCAACCGGGAGCAAAGAGUGGCAGAGUAGUAUGCAGCCUGCAGUGUAAGAAUAAAAGCAAAGCAGAGUUAUACUACUGAUUUAGUUUUUGCUCAAUACCUAUGCAAUGCCUGAUUUCAGCACUGCCAAAAAACUUCCAUGGUGGGGUAUUACAUAAAAAUAAAAAUAAAUAAUAAAGCAUGUUUAUUUUUUUCCUUUUGAAUGUCCAGUGGGGAAAUGGAAAGUACAUUUCUGAUCUUAUUUUCUGCGCGGAUUUCCACGAGUAGCUCCAGUUCUCAUCCUUGGGGCGAUAUAUAAAAUAGUAUCACGGUGUACUUGUUUUUAUUGUUGCGAAUUGUAAUGUUUAAUGUAAUCACUAUUUUUAAAAAAAAAGACAUUUCCAGAUUCAACUUCUGCAACACUGGAAGCAGACUGAGUAUUCUCUGUAUAUCCUCCAUGUACGUUUAACAGGACGUAACAGUUGAUACAACUCCUGUAGUCCUGCAUUUACCUUGUUUCUGUUAUAUAAAUCAAGACAUUUUAAAUGCAUUAUGGAUUUUUUAAGACAGAUUCUGCAGGUUUUCAAAAUGGUGUAAAAUCCGGUAUUAUUAAACUCUGAAGAUGACAUCU